UUAAGAGUUAUGUCCCUUAAAUUAUGCUUUGACGCACUUCCGGUUAGCAAAAGCUCGGCUGCUUACAAAGAAAAGAAUUUUGACAACAAUGGGAAAUACGGAUACUAAACUGAAUUUUAGGAAAGCUGUGAUACAGCUUACUACCAAAACACAGCCCAUUGAGCCAAAUGAUGAGGCCUUUUGGGAACAGUUUUGGUCAGAGAGUGUCACGUGUGUCCAGGAUGUUUUCACACUCAUCCCUGCUGCAGAAAUACGUGCGUUACGAGAAGAAUCUCCAUCAAAUUUAGCCACUUUGUGCUACAAAGCUGUAGAAAGGCUAGUUUUGGCUGCAGAAAGUGGAUGUCCAUCACAAAGAGAGCAGCAAACAGUUUUAAAUUGUGUACGGCUGCUGACUAGGAUUCUGCCAUACAUUUUCGAAGACCCAGAUUGGAGAGGUUUCUUUUGGUCUACACUACCUGGGCAGUCAGAGGAAGGGGAGAAUGAAAGUCCACCUUUAGCUCAAUCACUAUUGAAUGCUGUUUCAGAUUUGUUGUUUUGCCCUGAUUUUACUGUCACAUCUGCCAGAAAAUCAGGUCCUGACAACCCUGAAGAUAUGGGUACUAUUGAUAGUUGUGAAUAUAUCUGGGAGGCAGGGGUGGGAUUUGCCCACUCUCCUUCUCACAGCAGCAUCCAUGACCAAAACCGGACUGAACUCCUAAAGUUGUGCUUGACCUGUUUUUCUGAAACCAUGUACUUGCCUCCAGUUGCUGAUGCUCAUGUAUCUCCAAAUCAGUGGAUACAGUACUUUACAUCAACAGAAAACAGGCAUGCUUUGCCCUUGUUCACUUCACUCCUCAACUGCCUGUGCUCCUAUGACCCAGUGGGCUAUGGUGUACCCUAUAAUCACCUCAUGUUCUCAGACUCUCGUGAACCUCUUGUAGAGGUUGCACUACAGGUCCUCUGUGUAACAAUGGAGAAUGACAACAGCAGCUCAACUGUUACUGUGGAUGGCACCAGCACUGGCACUGCCAUGGAUCAGAGCAGUGAUGCGGGUGGCUCUGACAACCUGUUCCUGAACUAUCUAUCCAGAAUACAUAGAGAAGAGGAUUUUGCCUUCAUUUUGAAAGGUAUUACCAGACUGCUGAACAACCCACUGAUGCAGACCUACUUGCCUGGUUCUUGCAAGCGUAUACAGUUUCACCAAGAGCUCCUUGUUCUUUUCUGGAAAAUGUGUGAUAUUAACAAGAAAUUCAUGUUCUUUGUGCUUAAAAGCAGUGAUGUGCUAGACAUAUUGGUGCCCAUCCUAUACUACUUGAAUGAUGCUCGAGCAGACCAGUCCCGUGUUGGACUGAUGCACAUUGGUGUGUUUAUCCUGCUGCUGUUGAGUGGAGAGCGAAACUUUGGUGUGCGACUUAACAAACCCUACACAGUACGAGUACCUAUGGAUAUUCCUGUUUUUACAGGGACCCAUGCUGACUUUCUUAUCAUAGUUUUCCAUAAAAUCAUCACCACUGGUCAUCAGAGACUCCAGCCUCUCUUUGACUGCUUACUUACCAUCAUUGUCAAUGUCUCUCCAUACCUGAAGACACUUUCCAUGGUGGCCAGCACAAAACUGCUGCAUCUUUUGGAGGCUUUCAGUACUCCCUGGUUCCUGUUUGCUAGCCCUACUAACCACCAUCUUGUUUUCUUCCUGCUGGAAGUUUUCAACAACAUCAUUCAGUACCAGUUUGAUGGUAACUCUAAUCUUGUGUACACAAUCAUCCGAAAACGAAAUGUGUUCCAUCAGCUGGCCAACUUGCCAAUCGACCAUUCCUCCAUUGCUCGUGCUCUCACAAAGAGAGGCAAGAAGUUUGCCCCUCCCCCAAUGGACACCCGUGAGCCACAAACCAUGGAAGGAGCCACACCAGCUGCUGAGGCAGAACCUGGAACUUUAAAAGCAUCUUUGGCUGCCACACCUCGCUUGGACAAGAUGACAGAAAAAUCUGCUCCAGAUGAAGGUCACAAACCACCCACUCUGAAGGAGAUAGCUGAGGCCACAGGCACCCACAGUAUCCAGCCAGCUAAUGAGAUACAGGACCCUAUGGCACCAGAUACUGCAGCAGGAGGCGACUCUUCAUCUUAUAAAAGGCCUCCUCUUGAAAAAUCUAACAGCAUGCCAUCAGAGUCUCCAGUUUCACCCACCUCAACCAGUGACUCUGCACUAUCCGAAAACAGUUCUAGCAAGCGAUUACUGAGCCGUGGUGGUUCCAUAACCAGUCAGACCAGUUCGUGGGUGGCAACCCCUGAAUGGGUGCAGUCGUGGAAGCAGAAGCUGCCACUGCAGACCAUUAUGCGCAUGCUGCAAGUGCUGGUGCCCCAGGUGGAGAAAAUCUGUAUUGACAAAGGCCUAACUGAUGAGACAGAGAUUCUCAAGUUUCUUCAGCAUGGAACUCUUGUGGGCCUACUGCCAGUUCCACACCCAAUCCUCAUCCGCAAGUAUCAGGCCAACAGUGGUACCACAAUGUGGUUCCGCACUUAUUUAUGGGGAGUGAUUUACCUCAGAAAUGUGGAUCCUCCCAUCUGGUAUGACACAAAUGUGAAACUGUUUGAGAUUCAGCGUGUGUAACUGACAUCGCAGAAUAUUCUCUUGACACUUUUAGUGCGGUUGUUGGGUUACCUGGCUAUUAAUAAUGAGUUUUAUGGAUAAGCAAGUAAGACAAGCUUCUGUCUGUAUCACAGUGAUAUGAAGACUACAGAGCAACAGCUACCAAAAAAAAAUUUGUUAAGUAAAAAAACAAAGUUUGCAGAUAGUAGAUAAUCUUUGAAACAGAAAAUGUGUUGUAACAUUUUACAAAAAUCCUUUUUUGACAUGUGCUUCUGUUACUCAUUUACAAUGGAAUUUUUGUUUGUUUGUGGGGAGUUGAGGAAAAGUUAGAAUACUGCUCCAAACAUGAAAAUAUUCUAUUAGUAAUCCUAUAUAAUUGUUAUUAUAAAACACAAGGUCAUGGUUUUAUUUUUAAUGGGUCAUAAUGUUAAAUGAAAAUAUAGUAUAUUUUAAGUCCUUGGGUUAAUGAGUAGGAUUUUAUGUUGAGCUUGUGAUUAAUUGCUGUCUUGCAGUAAAGUUUUAGGCCUUUAAGAAAUAAGAUCUGAAAUAAGUGUAGACUGAAAGAUAUGAAAAAAGAAUCUCUUUAUAUGCUUAUAUGACAGUUAUAUGACUGUCACAUUGUUGUGUAGCAAAAAAGGAAACUAUUUUAGGGCAGACAUUAUAAAUUGUUCUGCAACAUGCAUCAGUUACUGAUACAACAUGCAUUACUGACACAACAUUCAUCAUUAACUGAUACAUCGUGCAUCACUGAUACAAUAUGCAUCACUCACAGAUGCAGCAUGCAUCAUUUACCGAUACAACAUGCAUCACUUACUAAUACAAUUCCGGUUUUCAUCCCUAAGCUUCCUUUUCUCAUUCAUGUAUUUUUUUCUCUCACACACAAAUAUAAAUAUAUAAUAUAAUAGUAAGUUAUUUAUGUAGUACUUUACCCCACCAAAUGCCACUGAUAGUGCUUUACAUAAAAAUAAAAACAGACAUAAUAAUGGAAGCUGGUCUCAAAGCAAAAAGUUCAUUAGGUAUUCAGUUUGUGUAGCUACUCAUGUUGAGGAAAAAAAAGAAAUGUCACCAGAAUAGAUCUGGUCUGCAGCCUUGCCUUUGCGUAGAAUCUAUAUAUACAUGGAUGCAUGCAUAUAUUACUGUAGAAUUAAUAUUUGGUCAUUAAUAUUAGAAGGAUAUGGUGAUAAUAUUAUAUUGAUAUGAAUAAUAAGGGUACAAACUACUUCCUAAUCCACAAACUAAAACGUAUGAUGGUGUAUAUAUAUAUAUCAAACACUGAUUUUAAUAUAUUAAGUGUAAAAUAAAUAUGCCAUUUAUCUGGUUGUUGUUACAAAUUAAUAUGGUACAUUUGAAGUCAUAAUGCAUUCCUUUUUUGUGUUUCCUUAUUCUUUCCAGUAUUGUGUUGUGGGCCCCAUUAUGUGUCAUUUUCACUAUAGGUAAUUAACAUGAAAAAUCUUUCUCUUGUAUAUUUAUUAUGCACAUAAUACACACAAACAUAUGUAUAUAUAAAUAUGUAUAUAUAGACACACUAAACGACAUUUUAUAAACAUUCCUUGUAUGCUGUGCUAUAGUGUAAAACAGCAUCGUCAUGGCUGACAUCAGGUUGAAGGUCAUUCAUCUUUUCGUGGUAUAAACACUGAGUGUAUUUACAUAAUUUUCAACCAGUCUUUGUGAAGUAUUUUUUUUUUUUAAGUCACCACCACCAGCAGCAUUUCACCUUUUUAGAGGGGGAAAAAAAUUAUCAAAACUGAACAAAACAUUUUUACACAUCACAUCUCAGAUGAUCAUUGUUGGUUCUUACAAAGAUGGCAACUUUUCUGGAAGUAUUUAAAAGUUGUUUGGCAAGUGACUUGAUGUAUUUGUUUACAGAAGAACUACACUUAUCUGAUUGUGGUAUUAAUGAUCUUUUCUUUCUUUCUCUACCCCAAACAUUUUUGAGGGAGUCAAAAGAAAAAAAUGUGAUCAAGACCGUUAAUAGAUGGUUUGUUGGUAAUCUGUGGGUGCAGCAGAUAUGGUUGUCAAGAUUGUCUGCAGUGGUUUUUGUAUGAUGUAGAGAUUUUUCUUUUUUGGAAGCACUAUCUGGUGGGAAAGAUGGGUUGCUUCAGGGUUCAUGUACUUGACUAUGGGAUAGAUGGUCGCUGGUUCAAGGCUCACAAGCUUGUGCUUGGAUAAGGUGAAAGCGGGACACGUGCCGAUGAUGGUGUCGUCACCGUCAAAGAAUGCCGAAAAAAGUGAUUUUUAUAGACAACCGGGACAUUUGAUGGACUUGCCAGAAAGCCAGAAAGCGGGACAUUGGACGUCCCGCCCGAUGAGCAGGCGGGACACGAGGUCAAAAGCAGGACUAUCCCGCUUUAACUGUCCCGCCUAAAGCGGGAGGUCUGGUCACCUUAGCUUGGAAGACGUCCCCUGCCCACCUAGCAACUGCUUGGCAGAAGUAACCAGUAGAUGGUAUCAGGGGAGGUAAGUGGGAUAGGAGAAAACAUGAUUGGCCGCCACCUUCCACACGCCAUGUCCUAGACAUGGUAAACCAUUUAAUGUUCACUGCCCCUACAACUGCUAGAUUACGAGACUCUUUAACUUUUUCAUUUAAUUGGUGGUAACAUUGACAAGCUGAGGGUUAUGUGUGACUGUUCUAAACCUUGAGUUUGAUUUUAUUUUUAAAUCCACUAUUGUGUCCAUGCUUAAUUAUCACCUAGUUCUCCCAUUUUGGAGAUGAUUUGUGUCAGAUUAUUUUGUGCAAUACAUUGUAUUUAGUCUGCUUGUAUUUGGCGGUGUGGUUUGUUAGAUUGUCUCUUUUCGUUUUUAUGUUCAGCUGUAAAGGAGGUUCUAGAGUUUUAUAAAAACAGUCUUACGGGCUUCAUGUUCUGCAACAGAACAGCUGUUGUUCUGACUAGUUUUUGUUUUCGAUUUGGUUUGUUGAGGAAUAUUCAACAGAGAUAUUAGACAUGUUUUAAUUUACAAACCAGUAGUCAAUUUUAUUGUGUUGGUUGCAAAUCAUUUUGAUCCUCAUUGGAUAAAACUGAUGAGAGAGUUUUCAUUUGCUUUUAACAUUAGAAAGCAGAGUUUCUAGUUUUAACAUAAAACCUCAAGGAUCUUUAGCCAUGGAGUACAGAGCUUGGUGUCUUAAAGAUAACUCUGGACUAGAGGCAAGGUGGACAUCUCAGGCACAAACAGUCAACUAAUAAAGUCCCAUUCUCAUGAAGAUACUGAUGGUUGAAUGUUGGAGCUCUAGCACUGGUAUGUCUUUUCACUUAAGUAUAAUUUUUAAUGAUCCCUCAUAAUUAUAGACACAGAGAAUCUUAAGUAAUUAUUUCUUAAGAAAUAUUGGGAUGCAACUAUUGAUUAGCUAGUUAUAUGUGUUAAUUUUGUACAUGAAGUAGGGGCGGCCCUAUGCUCAUGAGAGGAGCAACAAGGAAUAAACUAACAUGAAGUAGAGGGAGAGAAUGAUCAGAGGUAGGUGCAUAUGUCUGAGGCAAGCAGGCGAUGUUGUCAUUUGUCCAGGAUGUGUGACUGGAAGAAAUAAAGCUGGUGAAAAUUUGUCAUAGGCUAACUUUAGUUUUGCAGGCUGUUUUACUGUAACGUGACAUAGAUGUUAUGCAAUUAUGAGACUAGUUAAUCUGAUAAACAUGUGCAUGGUUAGCGCAAAACACCAACAAACCUACAAUAAAAACGACUAUAAUUUGGAUGAGUACCUCUUAAAAUAUAAAGUGUUAUUCCGAAGGCAAUUUAUUUUUUGUUUUCUUGUAUGAAAUCUGAAUGAAAGAAGAGAAAAUAAAUAGAUCUAAGAUGAGUUA